AUGCUCGUGAUGCUGUGGCCGCUCGGACAGCGCUGCGGGAUGGAGCUCGUACUGCUGGCCGUCCUGUCCUGGGCGUCCGCCUGGGCAGAGGAGAAGAUCAUCUUCGAUAGACACGCAGUCUACUGGAACAGCUCCAACCCCAACGGCGGAGGAGGAAGUCCUUUUGUCUCAGACAAUGAGGGCAUCCUUCCUCCGCCGCGCGCCUCAUCCACAGACGCUUUUUGUUCUCUCACAAACACACUGUCUCAGAGCUGA